UAAAAGCAAAGCAAAGCUGCCCCACCCUGAGAUCUUUUCUUACCAAAUUCUUGCCCACCUUUUAGGAACGAACAUCCUUUUCUUCCCCUCUCCCUUUCUCCUCUCAUUUUACAUCGAAAGUAUCACCAAAUCUUUCUUUGUAUUAUCUCUCUAUCCCCAUUUCCUUUUGGGUCUGUAGCAGAUAUCUACAAUUUUAUUCACGAUACUUCAAGUGGUCCAACAAGCCACCUCAAGUAUCUAAUCGUUCGAGCGUGUGUCGAACGACAAAUCAAUACAUCUUCUUUAACCAGCUUACUGAAGCACCACCGCCAACAUGGUUAAGUAAGUAUCUAUUCUUUACAUCAUACUCUCCAUGCCCGAUGGAAAGAUCAACCGUUUAUGGCGAUCCUCAAGAGUACUGUCAAGUCUACUACUUUGAUGGAUCGAAAAUCUUGGGAUGAAAACUGCAGAUGGAGGAAUCGGAGAUAAGCUCAUGGUGGUCGAUAAUGGAUUGUUUGCUAACAACUCUUCUCUUAAUAUAGCUUCACCGUUGAGGAGGUCCGCCUAUUGAUGGACAAGGCUACGAACGUUCGUAACAUGUCCGUCAUUGCCCACGUCGACCACGGAAAAUCCACCCUUACCGAUUCUUUGCUCUCCAAGGCUGGUAUUAUCUCCGCCGCAAAGGCCGGUGAUGCCAGAGCUACCGAUACUCGUGCCGAUGAACAAGAACGUGGUAUCACUAUCAAGUCCACUGCCAUCUCCCUGUAUGGUAACCUCCCAGAUGACGACGACUUGAAGGACAUUGUUGGCCAAAAGACCGACGGAAGAGAUUUCUUGAUCAACUUGAUCGAUUCACCCGGUCACGUUGAUUUCUCCUCUGAAGUUACUGCUGCUCUCCGUGUCACCGAUGGUGCUCUCGUUGUCGUCGAUACCAUCGAAGGUGUGUGUGUGCAAACCGAGACUGUCCUUCGUCAAGCUCUUGGUGAGCGUAUCAAGCCUGUUGUUAUCAUCAACAAGGUCGAUCGUGCUCUCCUCGAAUUGCAAGUCUCCAAGGAAGAUCUUUACCAAUCUUUCUCAAGAACCAUCGAGUCCGUUAACGUCGUCAUCUCCACCUACUUCGACAAAACUUUGGGAGAUGUUCAAGUUUACCCAGGUAAGGGAACGGUAGCUUUCGGUUCCGGUCUUCACGGCUGGGCUUUCACCAUCAGACAAUUCGCUCAAAGAUACGCCAAGAAAUUCGGUGUUGACAGAAACAAGAUGAUGGAGCGUCUCUGGGGCGACAACUACUUCAACCCAUACACCAAGAAGUGGACCACCAAGUCCUCUCACGAGGGUAAGGAAUUGGAGCGUGCUUUCAACCAGUUCAUCCUUGACCCCAUUUUCCGUAUCUUCGCUGCUGUUAUGAACUUCAAGAAGGACGAGAUCCCAACUCUCCUCGAGAAGCUCAACAUCAAGCUCUCUCCUGAUGACAAAGAUAAGGAGGGCAAGCAACUCCUCAAGGUUAUUAUGCGUACUUUCUUGCCAGCUGCCGAUGCUCUUUUGGAGAUGUUGAUUCUCCACCUCCCAUCCCCCGUUACCGCUCAAAAGUACCGUGCCGAGACCUUGUACGAGGGUCCUCCAGAUGAUGAGGCCUGCAUUGGUAUCCGUGACUGUGACCCCAAGGCACCUCUCAUGUUGUACGUCUCCAAGAUGGUACCAACAUCUGAUAAGGGUCGUUUCUACGCUUUCGGUCGUGUCUUCGCUGGUACCGUCCGUUCCGGUUUGAAGGUCCGCAUCCAGGGCCCUAACUACACCCCUGGAAAGAAGGAUGACUUGUUCAUCAAGGCUAUCCAACGUGUCGUUCUCAUGAUGGGUGGUAAGGUCGACCCUAUCGAUGAUGUCCCAGCCGGUAACAUUCUCGGAUUGGUCGGUAUCGAUCAAUUCUUGUUGAAGUCUGGUACCCUCACCACCAGCGACACCGCCCACAACUUGAAGGUCAUGAAGUUCUCCGUCUCCCCUGUCGUCCAGCGUUCAGUCGAGGUCAAGAACGCUCAAGAUCUCCCCAAGCUUGUCGAAGGUCUCAAGCGUCUCUCCAAGUCUGAUCCUUGUGUGUUGACUUUCAUCUCCGAAUCUGGUGAGCACGUUGUUGCUGGUGCCGGUGAGUUGCAUUUGGAAAUUUGCUUGAAGGAUCUCGAGGAGGACCACGCUGGUGUACCUCUCCGUAUCUCCGACCCUGUCGUUCCUUACCGUGAGACUGUCACUGGCAAGUCCAGCAUGACUGCCCUCUCCAAAUCCCCCAACAAGCACAACCGUAUUUACAUGAUUGCUGAGCCUCUCGACGAGGAGGUUUCCAAGGAGAUUGAGUCUGGAAAGAUUGGUCCCCGUGAUGAUUUCAAGGCUCGUGCCCGUAUUUUAGCCGAUGAGCACGGAUGGGAUGUCACCGAUGCCCGUAAGAUUUGGUGUUUUGGUCCAGAUACCAACGGUGCCAACUUGUUGGUUGAUCAAACUAAGGCUGUUCAAUACUUGAACGAAAUUAAGGAUUCCGUUGUCUCCGGUUUCCAAUGGGCUUCAAGAGAAGGUCCAAUUGCUGAAGAGCCAAUGAGAUCUUGCAGAUUCAACAUCAUGGAUGUUACCCUCCACGCUGAUGCUAUCCAUCGUGGUUCCGGACAAGUUAUGCCAACUACCCGUCGCGUCUUGUACGCUUCAGCUCUCUUGGCUGAGCCAGGUCUCCUCGAGCCAGUCUUCUUGGUCGAGAUUCAAGUACCAGAAUCUGCCAUGGGUGGUGUAUACGGUGUACUCACCAGAAGAAGAGGUCACGUCUUCGCUGAGGAGCAACGUCCAGGAACUCCUCUUUUCACCAUCAAGGCAUACUUGCCAGUCGGUGAAUCUUUCGGUUUCAAUGCCGAUCUCCGUUCGCACACCUCUGGUCAAGCUUUCCCACAAUCCAUCUUCGACCAUUGGCAAAUUCUCCCAGGUGGAUCGCCAAUUGAUGCCACCUCAAAGACUGGACAAAUCGUCCAAGACCUCCGUAAACGCAAGGGUCUCAAGAUUGAGGUUCCAGGUUACGAGAACGUAAGUUUAAACCACCAUACUCUGAAAAUACUUUGACUAAUUAUUCCAAUAGUACUAUGACAAGCUAUAAAGAACGAAUUUCCAAAAUAAAAGAUACCGUCCUUUCCAUAUUCCAAUGCACAUUUCACAUCAAGAUUAUCUCCAGCCCCCGGCGCUUUCAUGAUUUUCUGAGCGAAUGCUCACUGAUCAUUUCGACUUGGUAGUCGAUUUGAUAUAAAAAGCAAGCCGCACGCCAUGUGAUAGACAGAUGAGCUAAAUUUCUUGAGCUUCUGUUUUCAUUUCGAGUCGUCAUGUAUUUAGCUGCAUGGGGAAAUGAAGGAUUUUAAAAGACACGAUUUAUGA